UUCAAAUCGGAGACCACUUAUUACCUGCCCAGCGCACAGCCUGUCCAGUCACCUAGCUGUCUUCAAAGCGAGCGCUACGGUGUAAAUCCAGGCAAGCAACAGAAGUUGUGUAUUGCUGACAACACUGAAGUUGGAAAAUGGCUGACAAGGAAGCUUUGAUACAGAAGGCCAAGCUGUGGGAACAAGCAGAGCGGUGGCAGGACAUGGCGUCGUGUAUGAAGCAGGUGGUGGAGAUGAUACAUAUGAGCAGGGAACCGCUAACUGCAGAGGAGAGGAACCUGCUGUCCGUGGCCUACAAGAACAAGGUGGGUUCCCGGAGGUCCGCCUUGCGUAUCAUCGCGUCGGCCGAGCAGAAGGCGGCCGACGGCUCGGAAACCCGCCAGGCGGCGAAGUGGUUACGGGAGAAGGUGGAGACCGAGAUGAAGGAGAUGUGCGGCGAAGUCGUGAAGCUGCUCGACAGGUUCCUUAUCCCCAUGUGCAUCACUAAUCUACAGCCAGAGGCCGAAGUCUUCUACUGCGAGAUGAAGGGAGAUUACUUACGGUACCUGGCAGAAAUCAGCGAGGGCGAAGAGAGAGAGCAUAUGGUGAAGGAUGCCAAGGCGUACUACGAGAAAGCGCACGAUGUGGCUGCUAUCGAGAUGCCCGCAACACACCCCAUUCGACUGGGAUUGGCGCUUAACUUCUCAGUGUUCCAUUACGAGAUCAGGAAUGACCAUCAAGAAGCGUGCCGGCUGGCGCAGCAGGCGUACGCGGACGCGAUGUUGGAGCGGGACAACUUACCGGAGGACUCGAACAAAGACAGCACCCUCAUCAUGGAGCUUCUCCGAGAAAACGCCACACGUUGGAUGAUCGAGAAUUAAGAUCAGGGAGAGGACUCCCCCAUAUCAAGCGUAUUUCACACAAUCGGGUCAGCUCGUCUUGAGUCAACGUCAACGUCAGCUUGUUUUGCCUUUUAUACCUACCGUAUUUCUUCUGUUUGGAUUACGAACGUCCUUUUUUUUUACCUCAUAAUUAUAAGGAGUAAUGAACCAUUGUUCGUUUAGUCUUUUAGCAUCUUUUUCUAUAAUACAUUUCGAGUGCUGUGUACUAUAUCAUGUUCCUUGGUCCAUCUUUCUUACACUCCUUGUUUGUACCAGAUGGGUACUGUGGUACUCCUUUUACUUCCUUACAUUUCCACAACAAACCCACUUGUUGAUGUCAAUAAAGAUUAGACAUCCAGGUAAUAAGCUUAGAAACAAGAUAUGCCAAAUAGUAAUUCCUCAAGCAACUGGAUACAAUUUUGAAAAAUCAUAUUAAGUUGCUUGAGCAACUGCUAUUUGGCACAAACCCACUUUCUUUGUCGUUGUAAUGGGUUAAGUACAAAUAGUACAUGUAUCAACUUUAUCAUCACACUUAUCGGCCAUUGUCACUUUUAGUUAUUCAUCAGUAUCUAUGCAAAAUUACUCAUAUCAGACGAUCAGAUGGAAGUGUCAACAGUACAAAUACACUCAAGUGCUGCGAAAAUAACCCAUUGUUGCCCUCGGAAAUGAAGUUAAGAUGCAGUCAAGGAAGAUAUGGUAACAGUGGAACAAUAAGGGUUUGCCGAAGGGCAAAACAUUUUCAAAGUAAUAUGUAUUGACAAUAUGGUUGAGUUGUGGGUAUCCUGUAGUUAAACAAUAUUUCGCAGUCAGGGGCUAAUGGGUCCCUUUCCUGGGUAGAUGGACGGCCGCUGGGUGCGCUAUUUUAGGGCGCGGUCGCAUUCGUCGUACUCAGUAUGUCGUUGUGCGAAUUUAAUGUCGUAUGUCGCUGUACGACAUUUAAUUCCUAAGCUUUUAAUGUCGUAUAGUUUUCAAGCUGGCUUCCAUCGAAACGACCAUCAACAAUAACCGUGGACUAACGUUUUUGGCCAAGACAGUUAAAUAGUCUGUGUAGUAACACAAACUCUGCUGUCCAGGGCUGUAACUGGCCCCUCCACGCCAGCCGGGUGUUAGGCGGGCUGCUAUAAGCUGAGAUUUAGUCAGGCUAACAGUUAAACAAACAUCCCAAGAAGGCCCCCAGUUUGCGAUCGAAUGUGACAGCCCCUUUAGUCACACCAGUUUUCCUAGAUACUGGCUCUGGUUUGCCCAUGAUAAUAUCUAUAAUUGAGUAGUCUUGUGGUGUUAGUACUAGUGUUGAUUCGCCGGGAAUAUAUUUGGCUUGUGGGGAAAGUUGGUUUUUAACCCGGGAGAAAGUUAUCAAUAAAGUUCUAUUUACAAAUGUAAGGUUGCCAUUUUAGUCAGACCAGUUUAAUGAGGUACUGGGUCUGUUUUGCCCAUAACAUUUAAAUCUAUGAUUGAUAAGACUUUUGUAGUGUUAACGUUGAAUUAUCGGGAAAAUACUUGGUUUUGGUGUCCAGUAGGAGAAGUUGGUGUUUAGCCCUAAAGAAAGUUUUUAAUAAAGCUUUUUUCCAGAUAUGACUGUGCCAUUCUAUAGUCAGACCACAUUCAUGAGCUACUGCAUUGGGUCUGUUUUGGCCAUGAUAUAUCUAUUAUUGAUGGUGUUAAUGUUUAGUUAUCGGGAAGCUACUUGGUUUUGGUGUCCAGUAGGAAAAGUCCGUGUGUAGCCGGGAGAAAGUUUUCAAUAAAGCGUUCUCUUCAGAUA